AUGAACUCCACCCCCACAACUGGGCACGACAAAACCUGGGGUGCACCGAUAAGGGUACCACGACGUAGACGUCGUAGACGUCGCACCGUUUGGAUUUUGUCCCUGCAUCCUCGCCAUCUGCAUGCUGGAGACUUAGAAUUCCCUGUCAUUAUUAUGGGGCCCUCAUCAGCGAGAAGCUAUAAAACAGCGAGACUGGAAUCCUACAGCUGUGAUGUCUGCGCGUCACAAUUCAGUCGUGCAGACCACCUCGCUCGCCACUACCGGUCGCACACGCGACAACGACCCUUCAUCUGCUCCGUUUGUCGCAAGGGGUUUGCGCGCCGCGAUCUCAUGACCAGACAUCAGGCCAAACACGCUCACGAUAAACAGACUUCGUCCACCGCGUCGGCAAUCAACGGAUUUACCUAUCGAGUGGCCCAGGCAUGCAAGCGCUGUGCGGCUUCUAAGUUGAAAUGCACGGAUGAAAAGCCGUGUCCACGAUGUCUCAAGAAGAACAUCCCCUGUGAAAUCCCAGACAACGUCCCGGUCCAAGGGCCAGCCGUCUCAGAAGACACUCAGAGCCAUAGCUGCCCAACGGAUUCCAAAGAGCUGGGCGGGUUUGCCCCAGACCAUGCUCAGACCGCCUGCUCGGAUGAGGCUCUGCCGAUCGAUGACAUACCAAUGUUAGUGCAUGAAGGGGGAAAUCCAGCGUCGUUAUCGGAAUCAUUGCUUCUCGGUGUACCAGACGCCGAUGCCCUGUGGACGAUGGCAAGUUUCUUCGAUAUGAGUGAUCAAAAUACGGAUCCCAAGUCGGUGGGGGACCUCACAGACCUGCAAGACAUGGAUUUCUCCUUUCUCGAUGAACUGACUGCCGCGAAUGAGACUAUAAUAUGGGAUCCCGAGUCACCGGCUCACAAAUGCGCUUCCAUCAUUUCAGCCAGCUCGCAGGUAUACAGUACCUCAUCCGUGGCGCGGACGUGGGUGCCUCUGCCCACAGAAAACGCAAGUAUGGAGCGAGGCAACCUAACAUUCGCCGGUGAUACCCAUGAACUCCCGGCUAAGGGGAUUGCGGAACAUGUCUCCCUACAACUGAUUGCGCCAGCGGCUCGAGACCGCAUUUUGAACAUGGUCUUCGCUGCCUAUCCAGAAAAGACUGGGCCCAUUAUUGAAGAUUUUCCGUCGGCUGAGAUUCUGUCCAAACUAGUUUACAGAUACAUCAGCCAGCGGAAGGUGGAGUAUACCGACUUUAUGCACCUACCCACCUUUGAAUGGAAGAGUCGACGUCCCGAGCUUCUCGCGGCGAUAAUUGCACUGGGGUCUAUAGAUGGCCCCUCGGCUACAGUGAGAAAGUUCGGAUACGCUCUGCAAGCGACCGUGCGCCGUGCCACCAUCCAACGGUACGAGGAAAACCACGCGAAGAUGCGAGAUAUGGACCUCGCGCAGGCAUACCUGAUCCAACAGUACAUUGCGUUCUUCAGUGGCAUCUCGCGAAAGAUUGGGUUGGCCGAGAGCUGCUCCAUGAUCACCUCAACUAUCAUCUCUCAAGCGCGUAUGCUUCUGCAGGGCUCGGUAAAGUCGGUCGAAGCUGCCCUGGCUGCGGACUCGAUUGAGCAACUCGACCCGAUCUGGCGCCGAUGGUCCCAGCAAGAAUGUAUCCGUCGCGUCAUCUACUAUUCCUACACGCUAGACUCCCAGGUCUCCAUCACCCGGAAACUCAACCCCAUCCUUCCCUACACUGACAUGGACACCCCUCUCCCGUGUUCCGAUUCGCUCUGGCGCGCCGACACGCCAGCCGCCUGGAAACAGGAACUCAUUGCGCGAAUCACACCACAGCCAACUUCAUUGUUGGACUUACUACGAUCACCGCGACUGCUGCGGACACGUGGAGACUGUCUGGAUUCUCCGUUCGUGCAUAUGGUCUACGUGAGCGGGCUCUGGUCAAUCGUACAGGAGUACCGCCGACUGAGCAGCAUAGCCAGCGUCUCGAGCUCCUGGAACAGGCUAGUAAUGAUGUCCCGCCAAGGCGAACUCGCCACAAUUCUGGAACGAUUCGGAAAAGACAGCAUCGAAGUUCGACGUGAGGCGCCGGGGGUGGAUCUGCUUUAUAACCUGGUCUCCAUGCACCUCUACGUCUCCUUCAAGGAACUCCAGCCUGUGGUCAGCAAUGGAAAGGACCAGUCUUGCAACCAGGUAGACCAAACCGCCAGAGCGCACGCCCUGGAAUGGAGACAGGACGCAGGCUCACGGUUUGCAGUCUGGUUCGCUGGCCAGGUCGUGCGAGCCGCACGUGCGUUCCACCGGGAGACGCUCUGUGAUGUGUACACGAUUGGACUGCUGCAGGCCACCGUCGUACUCUGGGUAUACGGAAAUCUGAGUGACAGUCCCGUGGGCCCGGGCCCACCGGUCAUGUCCCCGAUCAUGGAGUUGAAUGAGACCGAUCCGCUGGGGCUGGACAACUACCUCUGCGACGGGCAGGGUCAGCCAGGGUUGAACGUUCCCUCGCAAGGGUUUGUGCCACUUUCGGAUUCAUGGUCCGUGGUGGAGGCCGUUAAGGGCAUCCUUCAGCAGAACUGGCGACAGAGUCCCUUUCCCUCUGGCACCGAUGAAGUGUAUCAGGUACUGAGCGACUUGCAGACCACCUCUUCAAUUCAGGGUCAGUGA